CUUGUUUUCUUCCAUCUCCUUUAAGCGCUGAGCUACCAAGUGGUACCAUCUGUAACUCAUCAAUGUUCGGGGAAGGAAAUGCAGCCAGCAGUGUCCUUGGAUGGAUUUCAAUAGCAUGCUGGAUUGUCGUUUAUUCUCCUCAGAUAAUUGAGAAUUACCAACUACAGAGCGGGGAGGGUUUAUCCCUCCUUUUCAUCUAUGUAUGGUUGCUAGGUGAUGUAUGUAAUCUUAUGGGUGCAGUGAUGGCCGGAUUGCUGCCUACCGUGAUCAUCCUUGGAGUUUAUUACACUUUAUGCGACACAGUAUUGCUUUGCCAAGUAUACUAUUACCGAUGGAAGCGGCAAGCCGGGAGGCACGUUGUACCUGUGCACAUCACAGGGGAGGUUUCCGAAGAAACCUGCCUUAUUACUGAUAGUCGCUCAGCGGAUCCCCCCGAAAGACCGGAGCUCUCCAUCACACGAAUUUUUGUGCGGUACCUGGCUGCUGUCUCAUUUGUAUCAGUCACUGGUGUGGCAGCGUAUUGUAUCAGCAACUGGCUUCCCAGUGAUGAUACCUCUCCAGCCCUUCCAGAUACGAAGCUGGAUUGGCAUAUCCAGGUAAUAGGGUGGACCAGCGCCUCUGCUUAUCUUGGUGCUCGGCUGCCGCAAAUAGUCAAGAACUUCAAGACCAGAUGUGAGGGUCUUGCCCCUGGGUUAUUUGUCUUCUCUAUUCUGGGAAACACGACAUACGCAUUAUCUAUUAUUGCUGCGUCUCGCGACGCAGAUUAUCUGAUCAGGAAUGCAAGUUGGCUAGCAGGUAGUGGUUUGACCGUCUUUCUCGAUAUUCUUGUGCUCAGCCAGUUCUUUUAUUACGGAUUUGUCUCAGGGCAGCGAGGCUGGAUCGAUAGAGUUCCGGUGUAAUGCUCGAUGUUACUAUUAGAAACCCGUAUGUACUGUUUCCUAGACCUAGUAGAACUUUACGGACUGCUGUUACGCAUAUGCUAUCUAUUUCAAUCGUACCUUGCUGACCGAGA